AUGCCUUUCGGUUGGGGUGACUCCGAGGACGCCUACAAACAGGCCAACGACAGCCAACAAGAAUUCCACAAUGAAUCUAGCUUCGGACACGAGGCUUUAGCAGGCGCUGCUUCAUUCGGUGCCUUCAAGAUCUUCGAGGACAGACAACGCAAGGAGGGCAAGCCAGUAUCUCACCAAUUUGCCAAGGAGCUCCUUGUUGGUAUCGCUGGUGCUGAGGUCGACAAGCUCAUUGAGACGAAGGGCAUGGACUUCGUCGAUCGAGAGAAAGCCAAGCGACACGCCAAAGAGAAUGUCGAGCAUAUGUACGAUGAGCACUAUGUUCGGGAGCAGGGUGCCAACGAGUAUGACCCGAACCAGUAUCGUCCCAACAACAGACUCUACGACAAUUAG